AUGAAGUUUCUGCGGAGGAAUAUGCGCGGAGGGAAGGAGGAGGAAGAGGAGGAGGGAGAGGAGGAGGGGGAAGAGGAGGAGGGUUUGAGUUCAAGAGGGGGUGAUAGUGAGAGCAGCGGGUUUCAUAAGGGACGGCGGCGAGGGAGGGACAGUAGUGAUAGUGAGGAUGAUGAAGAAGAGGAUGAGGAUGAUGAUGAUGAUGAGACAGUUGACAAUGGCUGGGGGGAUGAUGCAUUGGGACUUGCUUCACCAGCGAGGGAUGAUGAUGAUGAUGAUGAUGACGAUGAUGAUGGGUCUGAUGAUGAUCGAUCGGAUCGCCGACACUUGAGAAGGAGACAUGGGUCUGAUAGCGAGCAGGAGGAGGAGGAGGAGGAGGAAGAGGAGGAGGAGGAGGAGGAGGAGGGAGGGAGCAGGAGCCGCGGCUCAUCAGAGUCUGACCACGGGAGUGGAAGGAGAGGGAGGAGAGUGGGAAAACGAAGAGACAGAGCUGACGACCGUUGGGAAGAGAGGGACGAUGAUGGGGAGGAUGAGGAAGAGGAUGAGGAGGAGGACGAGGAGGAGGAAGAGUUGAGGGGAAACCGGAGCAGGCGUGGGAGGAAGGGGGAUGGAAUUGGGGAUGGGUCGGAUGGGGAUGAGAGGGGCAGGUGGGGCAGGAGGAGACGGGGAGCGGACGCUGGUGAUGAGAGUGAGAGGGAGGAUUAUAGCGAGGACCAGAGGGAUGCUUAUAGCGAGGACGGAAGGGAGGAGCUUAGUGAGGAUGGGAGGCGGGAAAGUGAUUACGAGGGAAGGAGAAGGGAUAGUGCGAGGAGGCGGGGAGGGUUGGAGGAUGUUGAGGAAAGAGACGAGGGGCCUGGCAAGCAUAGGAGGAGGCACAGGAGUGGCAGGAGUGGGAACAGGAGUGGCAGCGAUCAUGAUCGCAAGGGACGGGGCGAGGAGGCCAAGAGAGAGGGGGCAAAGAAGGGGGAGGAAAAGAAGAGGAGAGGCAAGAGUGAGGAGGGUAAGAUGGAGGAGGGUAAGAGAGAGGAUGCGAAGGAGGGAAGAAGCAGGGUGAGGGUGGAGGAGUUGGAGGGUGAUGCAGACAAGGAGAAGGAGCUCAGGAAAAGUCAUGAGAAGGGUGAUGCCAAGGGAGCGCGCUCCAGGAAAUCUAAACAAGAUAGCGGAUCUAAGGAGGAUUCCAAGCCGAAACAGGAGAUCAAAUCUAAACCGGACAGCAAGUCGAAGCAGGAGAACAAGUUCCUGUCAACACUGGACAUUAAGGAAGAAAUUCGGAAGCUUUCCGGCGACGAUGCUCUGCGCAUUCUGCUCAGCGCCCGCAACUCGUUCAAGCGCGAGCAGCAGCAACAGCAGCAGCAGCUGAGGCAGAAACAGGCAGGCGGGGGCGGUGAGGGAGCUGCUGCUGCUGGUGAUGGUGGUGGGGAUGUAGGAGUAGGGAUGGAAGGGGAGAGGCUGCUAGAAGCGAAGCUGCUGCGCUGCCUGACUAAAGUGCAUCAGCAGGUGGCUGCUGGCGUCCCUGAGACGAUUGAGGAGGGGGACGAGGAGGAGGAGAGAAUGGGAGCGGAAGGGGAGGGGGAAGAGGACCUGUAUGACGUGGGGGGAGAGGAAGAAGGGCAGGAUGAGGGAAUAGAGGCGCACGAGGGGGAAGAGGUGGAAUUUUCCUCAGCUGAGAGCGAGAGUGAGAGUGAGGAAGAAGAGGAGGUGCAAGCAGAGGGUGGUGGUGGUGGUGCCGGCUGGAGGGACGCGAGUAUUGGUGAUGAUGAGGAUGACGAUGGGGCAUAUGGGGACGAGGAAGGCGAGGACGGGGAGCCGAGGCCGCACAGAGAUCGGAGAGGCAGAGCAUAUACCCAUAGCCAUAGCAGAUCGCAGAUUGCAGGUGCCGCAGCCGCUGCCGGUGCUGCCAGUGCUACUGCUGCUGCAGUGGAUUCUGCUGCUGCUGUGUCGCCUCACCGUCAUCCUCCUGCCAGGGCGAGGCGGCAUAAGAGCAAGAAGGGAAGCAGCAGAACCAGCAUGCCUUUGCCUCCGCCGACCAUGCCCGUGCCUUCCUCCCCCAUGCCUCCUACCAUGCCCCAAGCACCAUUUGCAGCAGCAGCAGCAGCAGCAGCAGCAGCAGGGGCAGGAGGAGUAGGGUAUGUGCAGGGAAGCAUGCUGUCGCCUGCAAACGCAGGGGUGCAGUGGGGUUCUGAGGCGUCGCAUAGCGGCACUCCCACUAUCUCCAGGCAUGCACCAACUCCCACGUGGGGUAGUAGUGCUUCCCCCGCUGCUGCAGCAGGCAUGGGUGGUGGUGGCAUGGGUGGUGGAAGCAUGGAUGGCGGUGGUGGCAUGGGCGGUGGGAACCAGCAGAUUUUGCGGCAGAGAUCUUCAAGCCAUGCUGAUAUGCUGAGGGGAGGGCAUGCCACUAUGCCUUCCCCUGCAUCAAGAGUGGGAACAGCUGCAGCACCUCCUUUUUGUCAUUCACCGCUAGGAGCAGCAGGCGUGGCAGCAGCAGCAGGCAUGGCAGGACCAGCAGGUGUGUCUGCAUCAGGAGGAGCAGCAGCAGCAGGGGGCACAGGGUUUGGGCUUCAAGCGUCUACCUUGGGAUCUCCACUCCCCAUGCCCGCCUCUCACUCCAGGCUGCAGAAAACCUCCUCAGACGCGCCCAGGAGGCUGCAGGAGCUGCUGCAGUUCAAAAUGGUGCAGAGCGGUGCAGCAGGCGGGGGCAGGGGUGCUGGGUCUGGUGUUGCAGCCAGUAUGGUGCAGGGAAGUGUGGACUUCACUCGGGGAACGAUGGUGGGAGGGGGUGCGGCGAGUUUUGAGACAUCUUUGAACUUGGUGCAAGGUAGUGUGGACUCUUCCCGAGGGAUGAUGGGCGCUGGGGGUGUGGCGGGAGGGGUUGUGACAGGAGGUGUGGGGGCCGGGGGUGUGGCUGGGGUGGUAAGUGGUGGGGGAAGAGGAGGGGCGUUGGGGAGAGGAGGUGGAGUAGGUGGGUCUCCCAAAAGGGGGAUUGAGGUGAGGGGGCGAGGUGGAGAGAUGGGUGAUGGGGACAGCAGACACAUGGUGCCUACAGGGACGGAUGCUUCUGCUUGUUACCAAGAUGAUGGUGGGUAUGGCGCUGGGUAUGAUGGUGGUUACGAUAGAGCUGGUUACGGUGACGGUUACGUGGAUGCGUAUCAUGGUGGUUACGAAGAUGCUGGUUACAAUGAAGGUGGUUACAACGACGCCGGAUACAGUGCUGGUCAUUACGAUGAUGGUGGUUACCAAGAUGAUGGUUACGAAGACGGUUACAAUGGUGGUGGUAUGGAGGGUGAAGAAGCCAUGGGGAUUCAGAGAUCCUUUACUGCUGAUGGGCGAAAUGCCAAGCUGCACUCACAGCUGCACGCACAUCCCGAGGAGUCUACGCCCGUGACAGUGCAGCGUGCAUAUGCAGUAGACGGCCGCUCGUCGAGACUUGUAGCGGAGCAGACUGUAAUGAGGAAAUCGGUCUUGGGUCCAAGGGAGGGUCUAUCGAGUGGCGUGGGUACAUUGGGUGCAGUGGGUGCAAUGGAAAAAAUGGGUCCGAACGAGAAUGAGAUUCGGGUUUGGGAGGAGGAGAGGAUGAAGGGGGGAGCAAUGGGGGGGAGCGGAGGAGGGGGUAUGGGAGUGGGAGAAGGGGGAGGGGGUAUGGCAGUGGAUGAGGAUAUGUAUGGUGAUGUGGGGGAGGAGGUGGUCGAUGAUUUGUAUGGCCCGGUUCCGAGUGAUGACGUUAUUGGCGGGCAUGGGGCCGGGCAGGAGGGGGUAGUGGAGGAGGCAGGGGAUGAAGACGAGGACCUGGCGCAGAGCCAACCGCCCGAGGCUUUCCAUGCAGCCAUGCUCUCCCCCUCCAACUCCAUCGCCUCUGCUCCCUGCUCCUCCCCACCCUCCUCUGUCUCACGGUUCAAGCCCAAGGCAACCAAGAGCCGUGCCAGCAGGGGACAGAGUUCACUGGGGGAUUGCCUGGGGCCAGGGUCUAGGGUUAGCAGCGGGAUGAGGGAAAGCAUGAGCACAGGCUUUAAGGAUAGUGCGAGCAUGGGCUUUAGUGGCGGUGCGGGCACAGGCUUUAAGGACAGUAUGAGUGCGGGGUACGCCGAAGGUGGCAGUUCCGGCUGUUAUGACAGCAUGAGCUCGGGCUUUAAGGACAGCAUGAGCAUGGGUUUUACUGACAGUAUGAGCACUGGGUACAGUGAAAGCGCGGGCCUUAAGGACAGCAUGAGCGUGGGGUAUAACGAGCAGGCAGAAAGAUGGCACGGGGCGGCUGCGGGCGGGGAGGUUAUUUACCCUGGAAAAGCAGGAAGCAGGAGUACCAGGCGCAGUGCAAGUGGGAGGAACAUAAGCUCCUUUGUUGCUUCGCCUGCAGCGGUGGGGGUGGGGAGUGCUGGAUCCAGCCGGAUCGUAAGCGAUAGUGUCGGGAUGCGGGAUGCCGGCUCUGGAGCUGGGAUUGGUGGGAAACGUGGUGGUAAGAAAAAGGUAGUUCAGUAUGAGGAGGUGGAGGAGGAUUUGUUUCCUGUGGAGCCGGAGGACAACGGUAGUGAUAACAGUUAUGUUUAUGAUGAGUAUGCUGGUCAUGGUACCAGUACGAGUGGGGAUAGUGGUGGUCCCUAUGUCGCUGCAGCCAAGUCACCUGUUAGAAAGCUGUCGCACACGCUGUGCUCCAGUGUUCUAGCCGAUAUACACAAAUGCGCGUCGAAAAAGCAAACAGGAGUCAGCCUUAAAUACAUGAUGGCGCACGGCUCGUAUCCCACGGAGCGGAAUCUCAUCACAGCGGCGCAGUUCCUGCACCACGAGCUCCCCGUGAGACUCGCUCAUCGCGUCACGGAACUCGAAAAUCUCCCAUACGGCUUGUCGGAUAAAGCUCCCAUUCUGAAGGUGCGAGACUGGUACGUGGACUCGUUCAAGGACAUCCACCAGUUCCCGCCCAUUGAGAACGCCAGGGAAGAGAUGCGCUUCACAGAGCUGCUAGACCAGGUGAGGAUGCGGCACAACAAUGUGAUGCCGACAGUGGCGAUGGGGGUGAGCGAGCUCAAGAGGGACAUGGUGACGGGCAGCACGAGGCAGGGGCUCGACAGCAUGCCCGAAAUCCACCAGUUCCUGGAUCGCUUCUACAUGUCGCGGAUAGGCAUCCGUAUGCUCAUUGGCCAACACGUCGCGCUCCAUAAACCGUCGCCACCGCCUCACUAUAUAGGCCUGAUCUGCACGAAGGUGUCGCCAGUGGAGGUGGCACGGAACGCAGUGGACGAUGCGCGGUCAGCAUGCAUGCGAACGUACGGCUCUGCCCCCGACGUGCACAUCUAUGGCGACCCCGACCUCAGAUUCGCCUACGUGCCGGCCCAUCUGCACCAGAUGCUGUUUGAGCUCGUGAAGAACUCGCUGCGUGCCGUGCAGGAACGGUUUGCUGAUGCCGACCAUGACCCGCCGCCCAUCCGCCUCAUUGUGGCUGACGGCAUGGAGGAUGUAACCAUUAAGAUUUCGGACGAAGGUGGGGGCAUUCCGCGCAGUGGGCUCCCCAAGAUCUGGACGUACCUCUACACCACGGCCCACUCGCCCAUCGCUGCUGCCAACCAGCUACACGAGAUGCCCACUGUCAUGGCGGGGUACGGCUAUGGGCUGCCCAUCAGUCGGCUGUAUGCACGAUACUUUGGGGGCGACCUGCAGGUGGUGUCCAUGGAGGGCUAUGGCACUGACGUCUACCUGCACCUCAACCGCCUUAGAAACGUGCAGGAGCCUCUGCCUUAG